GAGCUGAGAGAUCUGGCAUCCAAGCACCCAAACUUGGUUCUUGUGAAGCUGGAUGUCGCAAAUCCCUCCGCUAUCACUGAUGCGGCGAAGAUCGUGGAGGGGAAGCUGAACGGCAUGGGCCUGAACCUGCUGAUAAACAACGCAGGCAUCUACACCCCCACGGCGUCCCUGGAGACAGUCGACGCUGAGGACAUGAUCAGGACAUACAAGACCAAUGCAGUGGGGCCAAUGCUGAUGGCCCAGGUUGUGGCUUCCCUGCCUCUGCUGAAGAAGGCUGCCCAGGACAGCAAGGAAAAGGGCCUGAGUUGCAGCAAGGCAGCCAUCAUCAACAUCUCCACUGUCAUGGGGUCCAUCAAGAAAACACCUGAUUCCUUCUUCAAGCCUGUCAUCUCCUACCGCUGCAGCAAGGCUGCUCUCAACAUGCUCACCAUGUGCCAGGCUCUGACCUACAAGGAAUCCGGGAUCCUCUGCGUGGCACUGCACCCCGGCUGGGUGAAAACAGACAUGGGCAGCCAGGAGGCUGACCUGACAGUGGACACAAGUGUGCGAGGGCUGCUGUCUGUACUGCCAGUCCUUUCUGAGAAACACAGCGGGACUCUGCUCAACUGGGAAGGUAAAGCUAUCCCCUGGUGACUGCUCUCUGCCCCUGCAAGGGACCCCGCAGUGCCAGAGGACUCCCUGGGUGCACUGGAGCACCAGGAUGCUCAGCCCUCGGUGGUCUGCAAGGGACCUGCUUGGGACUCCACUGGGUGUGCAGGGUGUGAUCCCUGCCUUCACCUUGCUAAUCAAUAAAGUCAAUUAGUAC